GUACCCGGCAGCAGGUUAGCCAUGGCGAUGGGCGGCGGCGGCGGCGGCAGUAGCAGCGGCGUCCCAGAGCCGGAAGACUCGGUGCUGUUCCGGCGCGGCACGGGCCAGAGUGAUGAUUCUGACAUUUGGGAUGAUACAGCAUUGAUAAAAGCUUAUGAUAAAGCUGUGGCUUCAUUUAAGCAUGCUUUAAAGAACGGUGACACUUCCGAAGUUUCAGAAAAACCAAAAGGCACACCUAAAAGAAAACCUGCUAAGAAGAAUAAAAGCCAAAGAAAGAAUACCACAACUCCCUUGAAGCAGUGGAAAGUUGGUGACAAGUGUGCUGCCAUUUGGUCAGAAGAUGGCUGUGUUUACCCAGCUACCAUUGCUUCGAUUGACUUUAAGAGAGAAACCUGUGUUGUCAUUUACACUGGAUAUGGAAAUAGAGAGGAGCAAAAUCUGUCUGAUCUACUUUCCACAACCUCUGAAGUAGCUAAUAAUAUAGAACAGAAUGCUCAGGAGAAUGAACAUGAAAGUCAAAUUUCAACAGAUGAAAGCGAGAACUCCUCCAGGUCUCCUGUAAAUAAACCAAAUAGCAUCAAGUCAAAAGCUGCUCCAUGGAACUCUUUUCUCCCUCCACCACCCCAUAUGCCAGGAUCAGGUCUGGGACCAGGAAAGCCAGGUCUAAAAUUCAGUGGCCCGCCGCCGCCACCCUUCCCGUCAUGCUGGCUGCCUCCAUUUCCUUCUGGACCACCAAUAAUUCCCCCACCACCUCCUAUAUGUCCAGAUUCUCUGGAUGAUGCUGAUGCUUUGGGAAGUAUGUUAAUCUCUUGGUACAUGAGUGGUUAUCAUACUGGUUACUAUAUGGGUUUCAAACAAAGUCAAAAAGAAAGAAGGUGCUCACAUUUCAAUUAAGGAGUAAGUCUAUCAUCAUUAUAAAAGAGAAUAUUACUUUUUUAUAAAUUUUGUAGUUUGUAGAAAAUAUAUGUUUAAAAACUGAAAUAUUGAAAAGUAGAAAAGUUAAUGU